CGCAUCAACAAUCAGGAAAAAAUAUCUGAAAUUUGUUUUGAUAAUUUGAUUCCUCACUUUUGAUUAUAUCCGGCUCAACCAGCCGCCUUUGUGCAAUCUACUCGUACUAUAAAUACAUACAUAAAACUUUCCCUUUCCUUUUCUUCUCUUCAAGGAAAUUAAGAAAGAAAAUAAUUUUCCCGCUUUUUCUCUCUUGCAGAUUCCUUGGCUUCUUUCUUACUCUCUUGCUUACUCGGUCGACUUGAUCAUCAUUUUCUUACCUUUACUUAUUCGAUAAUCGUUCACUUAGAUUCUUCCUUUUUGGUUUUAUAGUUUCUUUCACUUUAAUUAUGUGCUAAUAAUAGCGAUCCGUGUGGUAUGAAAUCAAUCUUUUGAGAUUCACUUCUUCAAAAUUUCUGUCAACUUCUCUGUUUCAAAUUCAAUUUUCCAUCUGGGCUUUUGCUUUUCUCUCUUGGGGCAAAUACCUGGGUAAAAGAUUAAGUUUUUGUCGUCUUUUCAGGAUUCUCUUCGAUUCUUGAAAGAUGGGUCUUUUUUAGAUUCUUCAGUGUAUGCUGUUAAGGAAAGCAGAUUCCUGAUUCCUUGUAUAUGAUUCUUUGUAAAUGCUUUUUAGACUUGCUUAAAACCCUUGAUCUUCCAUAUACUAUCUGUUUCCUUCUUCUUCUCUUCCCUGCUGUUUAUUUCUUGAUUUCAAUCAUUUUCACUUUUCAUCAAUAUGAAACUGUAAGCAAUCGCUGCAUAUUAAGUGCUGAUAGGUAUGGAAACUCUGAAUCCAUCUUGUUACAUGUCGAAUUCGAAUUGGUUUACCCAAACCACAGAGUGGACUAGAGAGGAGAACAAGGAGUUUGAGAUGGCUUUGGCGAUAUUUGAUGAGCAUGAGCCUGAUAGGUGGCUAAAGGUGGCAGCUAUGAUACCUGGAAAGACAGUUUAUGAUGUGAUCAAGCAAUACAAGGAGCUGGAAGAGGAUGUUAGUGAUAUAGAAGCAGGGAGGGUCCCGGUCCCGGGUUACCUUAGCUCGUCUUUCACUUUCCAGUUGGUUGGCAAUAGCAAUUUUGAUGCGUAUAGGAAGAGGUCUUUGACUGCCAAGAGUGCUGAUCAGCAGAGAAAGAAAGGUGUGCCAUGGACAGAAGAUGAGCACAGGCGGUUCCUUAUGGGGCUUCUAAAGCAUGGAAAAGGGGACUGGAGGAACAUCUCUCGCAAUUUUGUAGUUUCCAAGACUCCAACUCAAGUGGCGAGCCAUGCUCAGAAGUACUUCAUACGGCAGCAGCUUUCCGGAGUGAAGGAUAAGAGAAGACCUAGCAUCCAUGACAUUACAACUGUCAAUCUCGCAGAUGCUACUACUCCGUCAGAUGGUGACGAACCUUCCUCGCUAGAUCAAUCUGAUUUGCUUUUAUCGCAGCAAAAGCCAGCAGGGAUGCAGAAAGUGUUGAUUGACUGGGACGAAGCAAAGGAUGGAUCGAUUAUGGUCUUUGAUUCAACUCAUGAAAACUUGUUUAAGUCAUCUCCAUAUGAGAUACCUUCGAACGGUCUAAAAUUUCAGGGGCAAAAUCUGUGUGUCGGUGCUCAUCAUGGGGCUCGUAUCAGCCCCCAUAACAUGGUUUUUAAAUUGCCACCCCCAAGAUUUCAAAUUCAAUAUUAGGGCACCUUUCUUUGUUGUAUAGGUGGAUGGAAAAGCGAAUUUGGUUUAGGUUCAAUCGAAUCUGGAUGGCAGUGCUUCCUUCUGCCCUAGUCAUGUGUGUGAUCGGUUUAAUCAGUGACUGUUCCAGUACAUUUUCUUUAA